UUUCUCUCUCAACGAUGUCUCUUUUUUUCUCUUACGGACGCUCACUCAGUCUCUUUCUCUCUUGCGAUCUCCGUCAACGUUACCACGAUGGUUUUUCGGCGUGUUUUGGUGCAAUGAGGAGCCAAAGAUUAGCUCAUUCAACAGUAAUUUUGAUCUACCCCAUAAACAGCUGUUUUGUUGCUAGAGCGCUGCUACUGCUGGAGGGCCAGAUUUCAAGAUUUAGCAUAGUUAAAUGGAGAGUAUUUGAAAAGUCACUACAGUAUGUCAAGCACUCUAGCUGCUACAAGAAUCAAGAUUCUAUCAGACAAGCUCGAGAGUAUCCUUUAAUUAUAUGAAAAUAUUGCAACUUUAUUUCAAUUUUUUGAACUGUAAAUGACAAGGAGAUGAGCACCUCCAUUUUUUGCUUGGCAUUUUCUUUAUGGUAUAUUAGUUUUCUCAAAGAUUGGAUUGGACUGCUAUAAUUAAUAUUGCUAGUAUAAAGAGACAAUAGCUUAACCAUUCCUCUCCAUCCUGAAUCUUGUAAUCUUGGUUAAUAAAGCUCUUACAGUCUCAGUACUUAUUUACUUUCACCUGUGUGCUCUCAUUCCCUACUAAAUCUUCCUUGAAUGAUGAUCUAUCUCCAUUUGCUUCUUUAGUUACUAGUUCCUUUGUUUUCUUUUUGCUAUAGCUAUUUUUUCCUUAUCUUCUCUUUCACUUUUUUGCCUAAUGAUUCUUUUUUUUUUUUUUGGUUAUUCCUUUGUUUUCAUUUUGGCUUCCCUUUUUUCUAUCUUAAGAGCUACAAUCAGAUUGUCAAUCAAGUUUCAAUAUCCAUUGAAACAGUCUUGGGCAUUAAUUUUUUUGCAACAUUUGUAGGAGUCAUAUGGAUAUCCUCUGACAACAACACAUUAAUUCUGGCAAACAAAUUAUGUGAUUCGAGAUUAAGCUAGUUUUUCUUCUACUACUUGCUUAUGAUCUGUUAUAGCUAUAACUUUUGUGUAAUCUUCAUGUUAAAUAUAAUUAAGUUUAGGUGAAUGUUUUUCUUUGAACACUUAUUAGUUAUACUGUGUUUUUCUUUGAAUGUUUUGGCCUCAGGUUUUGUGGAUCUUGUAAUCGAGUUAAGGUGACUCUUCAAAGGCCUUAGACAGGAAUUGACGAGCAAGUAUCUUCUACACAUUGAUAUAUAUAUAUGUAUACACGCAUGUACACAAUCACACAUGUGGAUGAGGUUAAAGGUGAGCCUACCGACAACCCAUACUGGUCUUACGAGGUUGAGAGUGAACCUACUAAAAACUCAGACAUGUUGUAUUUGUUGUAUGGGUUGUUGGUAGAGGUUGCGGGUGAACCUGCUGAAAACCCAUGUAUGUUGUUUUAUUUAUUGUAGCAUUAUUAAAAACCCAUUUAUGUUAAAUGGAAAUGCAACAUCAAGAAAAAAGAAAAAGAAACAUAACCAAUUAAAUAUCUAAUACAUCUUCAUAAGUCAUAAUAAUAUAUGCAUGGAUAUAGGACGGGACGCUCGGUUUGAAAACUGUGGAGACCCUAGUCUCAAAUUUCA